UUAUUUAGGCUGUAAGAGGCCUUAUUCUCCACCUUUUUCGUCUGCUUCUGCUGACGCUGCUCCGCUCUCGUCAGCCUCCGGCCCGCUCUCUCCUGGAGACCGAGCACCAUGCCUUCAAUUAAAUUGCAGAGUUCUGAUGGAGAGAUAUUUGAAGUUGAUGUUGAAAUUGCCAAACAAUCUGUGACUAUCAAGACUAUGUUAGAAGAUUUGGGAAUGGAUGAUGAAGGCGAUGAUGACCCAGUUCCUCUACCAAAUGUUAAUGCAGCAAUAUUAAAAAAGGUCAUUCAGUGGUGCACCCACCACAAGGAUGACCCUCCUCCUCCUGAGGAUGAUGAGAACAAAGAAAAGCGGACAGACGAUAUUCCUGUUUGGGACCAAGAAUUUCUCAAAGUUGACCAAGGAACACUAUUUGAACUAAUUCUGGCUGCAAACUAUUUAGACAUCAAAGGUUUGCUUGAUGUUACAUGCAAGACUGUUGCCAAUAUGAUCAAGGGGAAAACCCCUGAAGAGAUUCGCAAGACCUUCAAUAUAAAAAAUGACUUUACUGAAGAAGAGGAAGCCCAGGUACGCAAAGAGAACCAGUGGUGUGAAGAGAAGUGAAAAGUUGUGCCUGACACUGUAACACUGUAAGGAUUGUUCCAAAUACUAGUUGCACUGCUCUGUUUAUAAUUGUUAAUAUUAGGCAAACAGUAGACAAAUGCAGCAGCAAAUCAAUUGUA